UGAAGGUCCAGCCCUGCAGCCUCUGGGCUGGCCCUGCCAGGGCCAUCACAGCCAGAACAAUUUCCCAGGCAGUCCAAGUCUCACUGUCCAUGGCUCAGGGGCUCACUGGGCAGGCUCAGGGGCUGCCCCCGGGGAGCGCGGGGCUGGGCGCGGGGGCGAGCGGGCAACGGACAAACGGACACGGGGACAAACGGCCCCGGAGCUUCAGUUGCUUCAGUUGCAGCAGCAGCAGCAGCAGCAGCGAAAGCAGCGAAAGAAGCGGCUUUGUCGACUCCCUUUUGCUCCUCCUCUCCCUCUCCCGCUGUCCCGCAGCCUCUCCCGCUCUCCCUUUCCCGCUGUCCCCUCCUCUCCCGGUCUCUCUCUCCCCAUGCCCGGCCGGGCCAUGCCCCCGGCCCGCCCCCGGCCCCGGGCGGGGCUGUCCCGUCCCCGUCCCCGGCCGUCCCGCCGCGGUCUCGCCCCCGCCCGGCUCUGGCCGUGCUGGCGCUGGCGCUGCUGGGCGGGCAUCAGUGCCUGGGGCUGGGGCGGCAUCGCCUCCCUUUGGCUCCGCCUGGCCCGAGCCCGGCCCCAGCCCCGACGUGGGCUCCAGUCCCGGCCCCGGCCCCGGCUCCUCCCGGGCCCCGCGGAGGACACAGGCGGCGCGGCCGCUGCCGCCGCCUCCGCUGCGGCUUCCCCGGCCCGAGCUCCGCCGCUCGGCAGCGCGGCCGCCGGCCCCGAGCCGCCGCUGUCCCGUUGCCAGCAGAGAACGCCUGGGGGUGGCCGGCCCGGGGCGCUCGGGGGGCGCUCGGGGGCCGCUCCUGGCCCCGGGCCGAGCGCUGACAGCCGCGUCCCGCCCGCAGGGAAGGCGCAGGAGGCCCUGCAGGAGCGGUACCGGCUGGGUUCGCUGCUGGGCAGCGGCGGCUUCGGCAGCGUCUUCGCGGCCACGCGGCUCUCGGACGGCGCCCCGGUGGCCAUCAAAAGAGUGCCGCGGGAUCGCAUCCGGCACUGGGGCGAGCUGCCCGACGGCACCAGCGCACCCCUGGAGAUCGUGCUGCUGGCCAAGGUGGCCUCUGGCUGCGCUGGUAUCAUUCAGCUCCUGGAGUGGCUCGAGCUCCCCGACAGCUUCUUGCUGGUGCUGGAGCGCCCGGAGCGGUGCCAGGACCUGUCGGGUUUCCUGGCGGAGCGGAGGUUCCUGCCGGAGGAGGAGGCGCGGGGGCUGUUCCGCCAGGUGCUGGAGGCCGUGCGGCACUGCACCAGCUGCGGGGUCCUGCACAGGGACAUCAAGCCCCAGAACAUCCUGCUCGACCUGGCCACCGGGCGGGUGAAACUGAUUGACUUUGGCUGUGGCGCCUUCCUCCAAGACACAGCCUACACCCAGUUUGCAGGAACCCUGUCCUACAGCCCACCAGAGUGGAUCCACCACCACCGCUACCACGGCGAGGCAGCGACCAUCUGGUCCCUGGGCCUCCUGCUGUGCCACCUGGUCAUGGGCAAGCACCCGUUCAGGAGGGGCCAGGAGAUCAUCUGGGGGUGGAUCUUGUUCCCACGACGGCUCUCUCAAGGUGGAUCCUCAUCUCUGGCCACGGGGCAAUACCAGUGCUGGGAGACAGCAGCAGCUCGUGGGCAUCCCGCUCUGGCAGCUGCUGAGGACGUGGCACAAGUCCUGCUCUCCUGCUCUCCUCCAAACAGAGAAUCCAUGGGGAAGUUCAGGCCCAGCUCUGGGCACACCCAGCAUGGCCUGGGCAUGGGAACAGGGGGGCAACUUCUCCAACUGACUGGUGAUUCCUGGUCUCUCUCCGCAGAGUGCCAGGAUGUCAUUAAGAGGUGUUUGUCCAUGCAGCCCUUGGACAGGCCAUCCUUAGAAGAGCUUUUCCAUGAUCCUUGGGUGCAGGGUGUUCCUCUGCCCUAGAGGAUGGGAGAGAUCCACGUGCACAGUUGGAUCCAGGGGCCUGGCAGCUGGGCCCUGGGCAGAACCCUGACAGCCUGGUCUGGCCCCAGGGAAGGAGAAGGAGCCCCUGGAGAAGCUGCACCAGGUGGGGCUGCGGCUGCUGGAGACACCAAGGACAACCUCAAGGAUGACAAUCUCUUCCUCGGCCUGGCCAGCUGAAGAUGAUGGACUUGGAUUCUGGCACCUUCUCCAAAGCCAGGCUCCACAGGGAAUUUGCAGAUGAGUCCACACGCAGGGGAUGCUCCCAGAUUUGGGCAUUGCACAGCCUGGCUGGGAGCCAAAGGUUCCCCCUUUGCUGGGGCGGAUGCAGCUGAUCCUUCAGUCGGCUGCCAGGCUGCUUUUGGCAGGGCUGGGGGGAUGGGCUGGGGUGGGUACGAAAUGGGAGUGGGCUCCUGGCCCUGCCAACAGCCCCCAGCACCCACCGUGCCCUGGGCUGGGGCUGGGGCUGGGGCAGCCAGCCCGACUCAAACCAACCCCCAUGGUGGGAGCAGAGGUGGGACUCCAGAACCUGUGCAGGGGCUGCUUUGCUUUGCAGGCAAGGAAGGGCUUGGGCUGCUCCACUGCCCCUGUUUGCUUUGGGAUCAGCGUUAUUUUGGGGGGCAGUGCAGGGGGAAGGGAGAAAGCCUGGGCUUCCCUGUCCUGCGGGUGGGUUUUCCCUGGCAUGCAGGGGUUGGGCCUUCCUCAAGGCCCUGACAGAGAUAAGAGUUUUGACCUUUUUUCUUGUUUCCCCUUUUUGUCUGUAAUCUAUUUUCAAUAAUUUCUUGUGUGUUUUUCUAGAGGAAGCGUUCUAGGUUGGGUCCAGUCUGGAUGGGGAAGUGCUUGGGAGCAGCUGCGGCGUGGAUGGGCCGUGCCCUUGGAGAAGGCUGAGGACAUCGUUUGGGACCAGCUUUUCUUCCAGCGGUGGAUGGCGUCAGCCGGGCUCUGCGGGUGCUGAGGCUGCUCUGGGCUCUGCCAGGGCUCUGCUGGAGCUCAGCACCGGGCCAGAAUCAGCCAAAGAAGAAAUGGUGUGCCCUGCAGCACAGCCUUGCUUGAGCAUUUCAGCAACACAGCUCAAGUCUGCAGAGUGUACACCUCCAAGGGAAAACAUGCCACCACCCAAAAAAUAAACUUGUUCAAUAGC